CCCGCCCGGGGCCGAGCACCGAGCACCCUUCCACCGCCCCUCCGCGCUGAGGCGAGGGGCUGCCCGCGGUGCCGGGGCCACACAAAGCGGCGCGCGGCGGCGCCUUUCCCGCCGCCCGUCAGGCGGCAGCCGCCCCGUCCUCCGCCCGCCGCCGGGCUCGGGGCUGGCCGGGCGGGCGGCCGGCGCGGGGCAGCCCCGCGGCGCCGAGGAUGGAGCCGCCGGUGCCGCCGCCUCAGGAGCCGCCGCGCCCUCGCUCCCACACGGUCACCACCACCAGCAGCUCCUUCACCGCCAACCUGUCGGCCAGCUCCAGCACCCUCGCCUACGACAGGGAGUUCCUGCGGACCCUGCCCGGGCUCCUCAUGGUGACCGAGAUCGUACUGGGGCUGCUGGUGUGGACCCUGAUUGCUGGAACAGAAUACUUUCUAUACCCAGCCUUUGGCUGGGUGAUGUUUGUGGCUGUGUUUUACUGGGUUCUCACCGUCUUCUUUCUGAUCAUCUACAUGACAAUGACCUACACCAGGAUCCCCCAGGUGCCGUGGACCACAGUGGGUCUGUGUUUUAAUGGAAGUGCCUUCGUUUUGUACCUCAUUGCUGCCAUUGUAGAUGCAUCUUCAGUUACCAAAGAACUGGACAGUCACAAUUACAACAGCUGGGCAGCUUCUUCAUUCUUCGCCUUCGUGGUUACCUCCUGCUAUGCUGGAAAUACGUAUUUUAGCUUUAUAUCUUGGCGAUCGCGAACUUUGCAGUAAAUAUUUUGUUAAAAUGAAUUCUGUAGUAUAAAAUAUCUUGAGGACUAUACUCUUCUGACAGAAGCUUGGAAGAGAGAUGAGGUCUUUUUGAACAUUUCUGUUAGAAUUGACACAAUAUAUUUUAAGCUGAGAUUAUAUGAUUAUUUAUAAUAUCAUUCCAUCUUUAGAGACAUCUAACACCGACUUUGGACUGUACAAUAAAAUUUCAUACUGCUUCUUUAAAAAUUAACAUCAUAUUUUUCUAGACAUUGUAUAGAUGUUAUUACUAAACCUGUAAUAAAUCUUACUCAGACAAUGUGCCAAUUUUGUAAAUGUAACUUUUUAAAUGUUACAGGUAUACUUUUGAUACUGAAUGCUACAAAUCAAAACUAAGAUUGAUACUGUCUCAUUAUUGUGUAUAAAAAGUGACAUUGUGCAGAAAAAAAACCACCCAAAACAUUAAAAGUAAAUAAAUAAAUGA